UCAACUCGGUUCUGACGUAGUUACCUAGGUCAAAGUUAAAAGACAACCUCUCAUGCCGCGUUAUUGUAUUAUUUUCACGUACCGAUAGUAAUUGGAGGCAUUGUGGUUUGGAGUAAGUGCCUUUGGGGUGUCAGUUUGCCAUCGGCAGUCGAUCAUGAACGACAGAUCCGAUCAUAUGAAAAUGGGACGCCUAGAAAGAACCUCCGGACUCUCGAGAAAGCCGAAAAAGCGAACGAGCAAGAAACCCCCGAGUCCCAGAGUGGAUUGGUGUUCUGAGGACCAGAAUGAUGGCUCUGAAGCAUCUGUCCCACCCCUGGACUACGGUGGAAUGUUUUGGCAGCAGCCAGGGGCCAUUCCCCCCCACAUGCAGCCCCACAACGGUCAAAGGCUCUUCACAGCAAUGUCAGACCCCAGUGUCUGCAGAUAUUCGGCUGUUCCCAUGGCCUACACCAUGGAGCCAGUCUCCAUGCCCCCCAUGUACCCACUGUACAGGCCUGUGCCUCAGCCCAACUACAGGCCCUUCAGGGGCAGGGGUCGGCGGCACAUUCAACACCACCAGAAUGUCCAUGGCAUUGUGAAUGGGUACUCCAGCCUCCAGGAGAACAGAACGAGCUACAUGACACCUCAUCUCUAUCAGAAUGGAGAUUACGCCUCUCUGCCACCCACUGCCAAUAACGAGGGGAGAGAGCAGGUGGGGGAGAUGAGCUCGGAGCACAGGAGGUACUCCGACCCUGGGCUAGGCCCUCCUGAGUUGGAGAACUGCAGGAGUGAUGAGUCUGAUAGUGGGGAGAGUGGAAGCUCCAUCACUACUGUGGGGAAGAAUAACAAACUCGUGCUUUCCCUGGUUGAACAGAUGACAAACCUGAGGGAAUCGAAUAGUCAAAUGUUCAAGGAGCUUCACGAGACAAAAUUGUCCCUGGAGAACGUGAAAGCUGAGUUAUCCAGGGUGAAGCAACAGACAUCUCUAGACUACCAGCCAGGAAUGUUAUCAGAUAUCAUUGGGGAAAUGAGACAGGCAAAUAAAAUCCUGGAGGAGACCAUGAACGCCAGAAUAUCAGCAAUAAUCGAGGAGAAGAAUAAUCAAAGGCUGUUGGAGCUCGAGGAGGUCAAGGAGCGUCUUGCUAAAAUCACUGAGGAAAAAUCAGAUGGCGAUAAACGUAUCGCUAAACUCGAAGAGGAAGUCGCUCGUCUCAGCAUCAAUGCAAACAAUGAGGGUCGUGAGAUAGCAGCCUUCGAGGAAGAAACCCUGGCACUGCGUCGUGAACUCCAGGAAGCAAGAUCCUCCCGUCAUCUAGCUGAGAAUUAUGCAACAAAGUGCGUAAACGAAGCAAUAAUGCCAUGUAUCACGCCAGUAACAUUUGACAAUUCCUGUAUAACCAGCACCCCCGUGCGUACCGAUACCCAAGCAUCCUCGUCAGUCACCUCAUCCCCACCGAGUUCCCUGUCCCCCUCCAACUCGUCGAGAAUUCCCUCUGAGGAGACAAAUUGGCAGUGGCAGGGGCCAACAGAGAGGAAUUCACCAGAUGAUAAUUCCAAGGACGAGGACAUGAUGAGCUCGAGAAAGGAGUCGAUGCAGUCGCUGGAGCCUGACGAGAGAGAAGCCCUUGACAGAUUGAUUAAUUAUCACUUGGAGAGGAAGCAGUCACUCCCUGAGGACAAGAGUUCUGAAACAAAAAAUCGAAGGGAAACGGUUUCUCGGUGCAAUAGCGAGUGUCUGGAGAACUCUAAGUGCUUCAGACAUCGCAACAUCUCCAACUGCUCCUCCUCAGAGUCUGAUCCCGACAGAUUCAUCAAGUGCAGCAGCAAAGCCAAACCGAGACGCAAGAGAGGACUCAGUGAUAUUCCAGACGUUGUCUUCGUCACUGGCGAACCACUGGUACCUAAAGACCUGUGCUCGACGAGAAUCCUGACCUCCAGAGUCCUGACAGCACCUUCACGCGCCACUUAUACCACCGCCUACAUCUAGACGUGGAAUGGAAGGAGAGGGAAAGAACG